UCACCCGUUACAUAAAGCUUGGGGCGUUGGCAGCGUUCUUGACGUUGCUUGUGCUACCGCAAGUGUCACGCCACCUUUCAGUAGGAACCCAGAAGAACGUACAGCUGACACGAUGGCGACUGCGACAGAGACAGCGCGCCAGCCGACGGAUGUGGAGAAGGUGGUUUCGACGACCGACAAUGAGUCGGUGUCGCGCGGUGUGGUGCAGAAGCUGGACGAGAAGAUUCUGAAGCACUCGCACGAUGCGGACGCUGCUAUGAAGGCCUUCGAGGGCAUGGAUGGGCAGGUGCUUGAGUUGACGCCUGAGAAAAAUAAGGCGUUGUUGAGGAAGAUCGAUUGGCACUUGAUGCCGAUCAUGUGCCUUGUGUAUGGACUAAACUACUUGGAUAAGACUACCUUGAGCUACGCGAGUAUCAUGGGGCUUCGCCUGCCGCCGUCCAGCAACAAGCUUGCUUCAGGCAUCAAUUUGACGGGCGAUCAGUAUCAAUGGCUGGGCUCGUUAUUCUACUUUGGAUAUAUUGCGUGGGAAUAUCCUACCACCCGGUUGCUGCAGGCGCUGCCGCUUGGAAAGUACUCGGCGUUCAACAUCAUCAUGUGGGGCAUCGUAUUGUCAUGCUUUGCAGCGGUGGAAAACUACGCCGGAGCGAUCGCAAUUCGUUUCUUCCUCGGCGUCUUCGAAUCCGCCGUCACGCCCGGAUUCGCCCUCUUCACAUCGCAGUGGUACACGAAGAAAGAGCAAGGCUCGCGCACAGCCAUCUGGUUCAGCUUCAACGGUUUCGCGCAGAUCUUCGGUGGCUGCCUCGCAUAUGGCAUUGCGGUCGGUUGCCGGAAGACAGGCACGAUCAUCGAGCCGUGGAAGAUUGUCUUCCUCGUCACUGGACUCCUGACCGUCUGCAUGGGCCUGCUGUUUUUGUGGAUCAUGCCUGACAACCAGCUGAAUUGCCGAUGGUUGAGCAAAGAAGACCAGAUUUUGGCCAUCGAGCGUGUGCGGGUGAAUCAGCAGGGAAUUGGAAACAAGCACUACAAGUUUUACCAACUCAAGGAAGCAAUGACGGAUCCUCUCAGCUGGGCUUUCUUCUUCUACGCGCUCAUCGCCGACAUCCCCAAUGGUGGCAUCUCCAACUUCUUCUCCCAGCUUAUUGUCGGCUUCGGCUACACGCCUGAACAGUCUCUCCUCUACGGUACGCCCGGUGGAGCUGUCGAAGUCGUCUUUCUCAUCGCUUGCGGCUGGGCUGGAGACCGCUACGGCUACCGUGUUCUCAUCUCGAUGAUCGGUCUCUGCACUGCGAUAAUUGGCAUGGUCUUGAUUGUUGCACUACCACUGAGCAGCAACUCAGGCCGCCUUGCCGGCUACUACUUGACCCAGGCCAGUCCAACACCGUUCGUCGCGCUGCUGAGUCUGCUAGCGAGCAACGUCGCAGGAUACACCAAGAAGACGACCGUGGCUGCCAUGUAUCUCAUCGGGUACUGCGUAGGUAACAUCAUUGGCCCUCAGACAUUCCGUCCCGGCGACGCCCCCCGCUACGUGCCUGCCGAGGUGACCAUCAUCGUCUGCUGGGGCGUGUGUCUGGGCAUCCUCGCCUUCAUCCACAUCUACUGCGCGCGCCAGAACCGCAAGAAAGCCGCCAUCCGCGCCGCGCCGGGCUACGUGCGCCUGGAGAACCAGGAGUGGCUGGACCUGACGGACCGCGAGAACCCGGAGUUCAUCUACACCCUGUAGCGAACCAGCCCCCCGACGCUACCCA